UUUUCAGGGAGAACUGAAUUGGGCAGGACACGGGAACAGUUCCCUCCUGGCAGAUGUGAUGAGCGGAGCUCGGUUCGGCCCUGACAAACAGCGCUGUAUGGUGGGAAAACACUCAUAUCUCUACCUGUUUUCUGGGGACCGGCUGUAUGAUUGAGCUACAUUCUUCAAUGACAGUUCUGUGGUGUUCUGGGUCACACAUUUAUGGAGUUUCUGAAGGGCAGUGGAGACUACUGCCAGGCUCAGCACGCUGCCUAUGCAGACCAGUGAACACCCAACCUUGCCAUUUAUCUGACACACUUGAGCCACAGGAGGGACCCCGGGAAGUUGGCCUGAACGGGACGCCUCCCUCCCAGAACCAGCGAUAACUCAGCCUGGAUGGGGUAACUCCACCUGCUGCACACUGCCCUCGUCGGCUUCCACCCGUCCACAACCAAGGUGGAACCAGCCUUUUUUUGUUUUUACCUUUUUUUUUCCGUGUGUCUUUUGUUUUUUGUUAGUUUUAGCCAACUCAGACCAUCAUAGGAUUUUUGUUUUUUCCUGGGCUUGCCAAAGCUCAUUGGACAGUUGUGUUGAAAACUUCCCUCCAGGUUUAACAGUUUACAUUCAUAUUUUUACUCUGUAGUAUCCAUUUGAGAGUUAUUAUAAAUUGGAAGCCUUUUUUUUAACAUCACAAUGGCCCGAAUGAACAGACCAGCCCCUGUCGAGAUCACCUACAAAAACAUGAGGUUCCUCAUUACCCACAAUCCCACCAACGCCACCCUGAACAAAUUCAUUGAGGAGCUGAAGAAAUAUGGCGUCACCACUGUGGUGAGAGUUUGUGAGGCCACCUAUGAUGCCACUCUGGUGGUAAAAGAGGGGAUACAGGUUCUGGAUUGGCCAUUUGAUGACGGAGCUCCUCCUUCCAACCAGAUCGUGGAUGACUGGCUGAACUUACUGAAGCUGAAGUUCAGAGAGGAGCCCGGCUGCUGCAUCGCUGUCCACUGUGUGGCAGGACUGGGAAGAGCUCCUGUUCUGGUGGCACUGGCUUUGAUUGAAUGUGGGAUGAAAUAUGAAGAUGCGGUCCAGUUCAUUCGACAGAAGCGUAGAGGAGCGUUCAACAGCAAGCAGCUGUUCUACCUUGAGAAAUAUCGUCCAAAGAUGCGCCUGCGUCAUCGCAAUAACUGCUGCAUCCAAUAGAGCCAAGCCCUGCGCCACGCCAACCUGACUCCCUAACCCCUCAUCCAUCCUCAGUACUAAAGAGCCCAACUCACGUUAACUAGCUUUUCGCUUUUAUUUCACCUUUUUUUUAAUUGUUGAAUAUUUUACUUUAGAAAACUAUACGUGGCAAAUAAACUUCCCUCUUGAGGCUCACAAUCAAA